GCGGUCUGGAGGAGGCUUGCAGCCCUCUCAUCUUUGAUUUUCCUUAUUAUCAUUAUGAACAGCCUCCUAUAACUGGAUUUGGGAUUUUUUUCCCCUCUCGUAGUAGUGCAUGAGUGGCAGGGCAGAGUUUCCGAGCUGGGCAGCAUAUUAUCUGCUGAGACAAAGACUUGCGGUUGAAGCGGUGGCGUCAAACACCACAGAGCGGGAGCGUGAAGGAGGAGGGUCUGUAGGCAGCAGCAGCAGAGGGACGCUGUCCGAUCAGCACCACCGCAGUCCCCUUGCUGUCAAAGUCAGAAACAGAUGCUGAUCAGCUACCUGCUGAAUCCAAUGAGGGCCUGUUCUUCCGCCGUGGGAGGAAACCGCCACCUCUUCUGUUGUUCCAUCUCGGACCUGUCAGUGAUGUGACGUCCUCAUUCCUCAUGCGAUCUCAUUUGCGUUUGGAUUCUUCCACAAAAUCCAGCGUGUGAAUCACACCUCAGAGCGUCCAGGUCCAGGUGCAGGUAAUGUAGUACGGUGUGCAGACAGUGCCGAUUGCGUUCCCGGUGGGUGAGACACGACUGGCUGCCUCGUGCGUCUCCGUCAUUCCGACCGCUGCUAGUUAAAGAGUGCGCCUGAGCCUGACCUUUGCGAUGAGGGGGGCUUAUUGGAGAAAUGCCUAAGGGACGAGAUGGGCCUGAGCGACGACAAGGAUCGCAUUGUGAUUAACGUGGGAGGGAUCAGACAUCAGACUUACCGCAGCACCCUGCGCACCCUACCUGGCACGCGUCUGUCCUGGCUGGCCGAGCCUGACGCGCCCAACCACUUUGACUAUGAUGAGAAGAUCCAGGAGUUUUUCUUCGACCGCCACCCCGGCGUGUUUGCACACAUCCUUAACUACUACAGGACAGGUAAGCUCCACUGCCCCGCUGACGUCUGCGGGCCGCUCUAUGAGGAGGAGCUGGCCUUCUGGGGCAUCGAUGAGACGGAUGUGGAGCCGUGCUGUUGGAUGACCUAUCGUCAGCACCGGGAGGCAGAGGAGGCCCUUGAUAGUUUCGGAGGAGGGGGCCUUCUAGACCUGGGGAGCGAUGAUCCUGAGCCAGAGCCGGAGCAUGAGGAUGAUGAUGAGAUGACAAGGAGGCUGGCGCAGGGGGACUCACAUGAUGCGCGGAGCGGGAGCCUGUGGAGCCGGUGGCAGAAACGCGUCUGGGCUCUGUUUGAGGACCCCUACUCUUCAAAAUAUGCAAGGUGGAUAGCCCUGGCCUCAUUGUUCUUCAUUCUGGUGUCCAUUACCACUUUCUGUUUGGAGACCCACGAAGCCUUCAACCCAAUCAAGAACCGCACGGACGUGGAGCUGGUGGGCGAUGAAAUGGUGGUGAACUUCUACCAGGAGACCGAGACAGCGGCCUACCUCACCUACAUCGAGGGCGUUUGUGUGGUGUGGUUCACUUUCGAAUUCCUGAUGCGAAUAACUUUCUGCCCGAACAAAUUUGAUUUCAUACGGAACGCGCUGAACAUCAUCGACUUUGUGGCCAUCCUGCCCUUCUACCUGGAGGUGGGGCUCAGUGGUCUCUCCUCCAAGGCAGCUAAAGAUGUUUUGGGUUUUCUGAGAGUGGUCCGCUUUGUGCGGAUCCUGCGUAUCUUCAAGCUGACCCGUCACUUUGUGGGGCUGCGAGUGCUGGGCCACACUCUGAGGGCCAGCACCAAUGAGUUCCUGCUCCUCAUCAUCUUUCUCGCUCUAGGUGUCCUCAUUUUUGCUACUAUGAUCUAUUACGCUGAACGCAUCGGAGCCAACCCCAACGACCCAAGAGCCAGUGAGCACACACACUUCAAGAACAUUCCGAUUGGAUUUUGGUGGGCUGUAGUGACCAUGACAACCCUUGGCUAUGGAGACAUGUACCCUCAAACAACCUUCGGUAUGCUAGUUGGAGCCCUGUGCGCCCUGGCAGGCGUCCUGACCAUCGCCAUGCCCGUCCCCGUGAUUGUCAACAACUUUGGAAUGUAUUACUCCUUGGCCAUGGCAAAACAGAAACUACCAAAGAAAAAAAACAGACAUAUCCCUCGAGCACCCCAACCUGGUUCUCCUAACUACUGUAAGUCCAGCAUCAGCUCCCAGCAACCAAGCCCCAUACCCAACGACGAUGUUUUUGAGAUCAAAUUUCAAGACUCCAAGAUUAACGGUGAAGCCGCUAAUGCAGCUCUCGCUAACGAAGAUUGCCCACACAUCGACCAGGCCAUAUCUCCAGAGGAGAUCUUCAGCCCCAGUGAGAGAGAGAGGCCCUGCUUCUUGGUCACCACGGCCGAACGUCCCAACCACACAGGGGGCAGAGUGAGGAGGGGUUAUGAAAAGCCUUGGAGCCUUAACAGCAUGUCUGGCAUGAGCGGGGAUGCCUCUGGAGUGUCCUCAGUGUCCGCCCUGCCCUGCAGCCCACCCUGUCUAAUGCAGCACUCACAUUCUCCCAUCCCAUCCAUUAUGUAGCAUGGUUGAGUAGCAGACACAAUGCCAUUGGAAGGCCAGUCCACACUUCCACCUUCUUAUCCUUCCGGUCAGACUUUUGCUUUGACACUUGCCUUCACUCCUGCUCUUUAAUUUAUUUACAUUUUUGUUUCUUUAUUUUCCUUGACAAACUGUAUCUUAACUGUGCUGAUGCUCAAGUGUUCCACUUGGGUGUGUCAUCAUACCAUAGAGUAGACAACACUGACACAUGCCACUCUGCAUGGGUCAUCUCAGCUGCAGACAAAGCACCGUUCUUCUUCUGCAGGCCAACUCCACUCUUUUGUUUCCUGUGUUGACACCAUUGCCUGUUGCUCUGUUGCUUUUGAUCUCUCAUACUAUUCUGCUAAAAUAAAAUAAAAAAUAAAAAAGAAAAAGCUGUUUUAUUUUAUUUGCUUUGUAGAAUUUUGUGAACCAAAUUUUCAUGACAUGUAACCCCUGCUAGUGAUCCGCUGGAAACUAAUACAUGGCUUUUAAACAUUUUCAGAGGCUGUUAAGGCAACUCUUAAGUGCUUUGUGCGUUGCAAAGUAGAGAUGUUUAUUUAUUUUGUUUCAUUCUGAAGUGCAAUCCAGACAAGAUUCACUGUUAGCUGAGUGGCCAUUAUAAGGGGAAAACCAAUUGAACAUAAUAAUGUUCUUGAUGUCUGAUGCAAUAUGGAAAUGGUGACAAAUUCCUAUGAUACAAGUGGUGAAUACAGCUAAUGUCUACUGAACUAAAACUGUUCAUUUGCAUGAUUUGCAUGAUAAUUUAUGUUCAACCAAGACUGUAACGCAGUAACUGUUAGAUUUAUUUCUAUUCUUUAAAAAAAAGCGUCUAAAGCUUUAGUCAUUUUUAUGCAUUUUGAGACAGCUUUACAAGAGACUCAGUCAUAGCAGAGGUUUUUAUGUAGCUGCCAUUCUUUGCCUUUCCCCAAAUUCAUAAUUCUUUUCCUUUACUGGUUUGACUGGGGCCUAAAAAGUAAAAGGAACUUCACCUGAACAAUCUGUGACAAAGCCAACCGAUGGUGUUCGGAGCAUGCAGAACUUUUAUACGACUAUAUUUACUGGGUUUUUGGACACAAUUAUUAGUCUGCCGCAGCAAACUCCUGUUAGCGCUGUUCUAACUGAUGCAGAAUUCAUUAAAUAUAAAUCAAAGGUGCCUUCAAACGAGGUGAGGCAAUGUAAAAAACACUUGAGUGAUAGUUCGACUCAGUAUUAGAGAACGCUCCCAGUGUAGCAUCUUCACACUUUAUAUCAUUGCUCACGAAUGUGUAACAACUUUACUUUCUCUAACAAAGCACAUUGUACCUUUUGCAUUAGUUUUAAACUCUUAAUCAUGGUACAAAUGUCCUCUUAUCGUUACACUAGUGAUACUAUAUUUUAACCUUUAGAAAGAUACAUAGCACUGAGCAAAAAGAGAAAAAAAAAGAGAACAGACAUUCCAGCCCUCAUGUAUUGUUAUAUUAUAAGCACAAUUUUAAGAAAAGGGGACCAGGAAACUCCACAGAAGUUAAAUAAAUCCAGCGAGGAACCAACCAAGAGUCAAUACUUUUACAUAUAUUGAUACUGUCCCAAUAUUUAUGCACAAGUUGUUUCAGGGCACUUUAUCAAAUUCUAUGUUGAUCAAUCAGCCGUGUUCAUUUCUAGAAGAUCUUGUAAUUAUAGCAACUCGUCUUAAGUUUUGUUUUUGAUCCUGGCUGAGCUGAGUUUUUACGUCUCCAGUCAUGUCUCUUGUGGUAAUUAAUGGACGUUACUUAUUUAAGGGGGGGGGGGGGGGGGGGGGGGAAACAUUGUGUUGAUUUGAUGUUGAAGAGAUGCAGAUGAAUUUAUGGUGAUGCAAUUCCAGUUGGAAGAGUGGGAAAAUAAAAUAACAUGACAGUAUUUGAUGUGGGUCUACUUGGGGAAAGGUAAAUGCAUGUAUUUUCCAUUUAUGCAAAAGAAAAAGUAUUCAAAUAAAACAUGUAAAUACAAGUCCUUGCAUGAAAUAAAUUUUAUACACAACAAGCA